AUAUAUAUAUAUUUCGCCGCUACCAUCUUCCUUCUCCUUCCCCACCCUCGCUCCGCCGCCAUCCGACGCCCGAGCGAACCGAGCUCUCCCCCGAACCCUAACCCUAACCAUGGCGGACCGCGGCGGUGAGCGCGGAGGAGACCGUGGCGGUUUCGGCCGCGGGUUCGGACGCGGCGACCGCGGCGGGCGUGGCGACCGUGGCCGCGGUGGUCGCGGUGGUCGCGGUGGCCGUCGCGGCGGCCGCCAGGAGGAGGAGAAGUGGGUGCCGGUGACCAAGCUCGGCCGCCUCGUGAGGGAAGGCAAGUUCCAGAAGAUCGAGCAGAUCUACCUCCACUCGCUCCCCGUCAAGGAGCACCAGAUCGUGGACACGCUCUGCCCUGGCCUCAAGGACGAGGUGAUGAAGAUCACCCCGGUGCAGAAGCAGACGCGUGCCGGGCAGCGCACCCGCUUCAAGGCCUUCGUUGUCGUCGGCGACAGCAACGGCCACGUCGGGCUCGGGGUCAAGUGCGCCAAGGAGGUGGCUACUGCGAUCCGCGGCGCCAUCAUCCUUGCCAAGCUCUCCGUGGUGCCUGUCAGGAGGGGCUACUGGGGGAACAAGAUCGGCCAGCCCCACACCGUGCCGUGCAAGGUGACUGGCAAGUGUGGGUCCGUGACUGUGCGCAUGGUGCCGGCUCCCAGGGGUUCCGGUAUCGUGGCGGCGCGCGUGCCCAAGAAGGUGCUCCAGUUCGCCGGCAUUGAUGACGUCUUCACCUCGUCUCGCGGCUCCACCAAAACCCUCGGCAACUUCGUCAAGGCCACCUUUGAUUGCCUUAUGAAGACCUAUGGCUUCCUGACUCCGGACUUCUGGACGGAGACAAGGUUUGUCAAGGCCCCAUACCAGGAGUACACCGACCUGUUGGCUGCUAAGCCAGCAAAGCUCAUGAUUGAGGCACCUGUUGACCUGCCAGAAGCUUAGAUGGUUUGUGUGGAGUACAUUGCAGAGUAAGAAUUUUGGCAUUGGCAGGGAACUUGGCUUCAUACUCUUUUGUGCAAGACUUAAGUCUUAUGUUUGGGAGGAUCAAAAAAUUUAAUUUUUGAAUGUUAAGUUGCACUUUAGAUUGUCGAGAUGCUUCUCUUGCAUACAUUGUGCUACCAGUUCCUGUUAUUGGUUAUGAACUCCUGCUGAUAAUUUUGGCCAGACUGCUUUGGUUACACAAGAACGUAACUUGCUGAA